CUAAACAUCAAUGAUUUGAGCUUAAUCACCGCGCGUCAACUCCAAAACUCUCUUGACAUUCACAAUUACAAGACGGGGAUCCAGAUAGCAUAUCACAGAGGAGACUCUAAUCAAUUCAUUGCUGAAUCUUAGAGAGAGAGAGAGAGAGAGAGAGAGAGAGAGAGAGAGAGUGAGAGUGUUUUAGAGAGAGGAAGAAUGGGGAAGAGCCAAAUCUCAGACCCUCCGAACUUGAAGAAAUACGGUGUUCCCUUCUACUCCGUUGCUUGGAUUCCCCACCGCGUUCUCAAAUCUCGCCACAACCAAACCUCCGAUGAAUCCUCCGCCGCCGAUCAGAGCUCAACGCCGACGAAGGAGGCAGAACCACCGACAGAGGAGCUUGCCUCCGGAAACUACCUCGUGUUCGCCGGUGGCGGUGGAGAAGGCCGCAGCGGUAUCCCCAAUACGGUGCUGCUUUCGCACUUCGAUGUUGCGUCGAAUUCUCUCUCCGAUCAACCGGUGAAUAAGCUAGGAACCGGUUCUGAGUUGCCUUAUAGAAUGGCUCUUCACCCCAAUGGAGAUGGCAUUAUUUGUGCAAUGCCAAACAGUUGCAGAUGGUUUGACUGGGACCAAGACCAGAAUUCUGAAUCUCAUAAGGUGGGUCUGAAGACAUCAGAGAAAGAGCUCACUCAGUUGCAGGACGUUGGACAACAGUUAGCAUUGGCAUUCAGCAGUGAUGGAACAGAACUAGCUGUUGGUGGGGAGGAUGGCAAUCUAAGGGUUUUUAAGUGGCCUAGCAUGGAAAUUAUUCUCAAUGAGUCUAAAUCUCAUUCUACUGUGAAGGACUUACAUUUCAGUUCCGAUGGUAAAUUGCUAGUCUCUUUGGGAAGUGGUGGCCCCUGCAGGGUCUGGGAUAUUUCUUCGUCAAUAGUAUUAACUUCUCUACCAAAUGAAAAUCGUGAAACUUUUAGCUGUUGUAGAUUUUCUCAAAUAAGCGAUGGAACCCAGGUUCUAUAUAUUGCUGUGGUCACAGAUAAAGGUGGAAGCAUUCUGACUUGGAAUACGAAGACAUGGGAAAGGAUGAGCUCAAAGCAUAUUACUCGCGAUACAAUCUCUGCGUUGAAUGUCUCAGCUGAUGGGAAAUACCUUGCAUGGGAAGGAUGUGACUUUUUAUUUGCAAGAACUUAUUGCUUCUGUUUCGAUGGGUUGACAUGCAGUGGAACACCUUCAGGAGACAUUGUCGUUGUAAAUUCUACAAAUAUGAGGAUUCAUACUAUGGUUAAAAGGGCUCACCUUGGCAUCGUAACUGCUUUAGCUUUCUCCCCGGAUUCAAGGGCCUUGGCUUCCAUAUCCUUGGAUUCAAGUGCAAGAGUAACGAAAAUUGAAGAGAAGAAAGAAGGAGGAUUUAACUUGUGGAUUGCAAUGUUUAUCAUCCUGGUUGCAAUAGCUAUUUACUUCCUAAAGGUUCAGGGAAUUUUAAAGUGAAGGUUUCAAAUUUCAAUAGUACUUUAUUUAGACAUAAACCAAUUUUCAUCUUUUUUUCGGGGGGUGUUUCCCGUUUACCUGAUCUUUUUCUCCCCCCACAUAAUGGCGUUGUUCCUUUGUCCAUAUAGUGCCUUGUAUCAUGGACUGUAAUACUGUCGCAUGUUGUGUACAAUUUUUUACAGUAUUAUGAGCAUAUUUAUUGCAAUCCUGGCUUGAUCCCCUCUUGCUUGGUAUUAUGAGCA